AUGGCGUCCUCCUCAACGACGUCACAUUUGACUAGUGCAGCUGCUUCUACCGGGCCUUUGGGCUUGUUUGGUACGGAUGCGGGAAGUGCAUUUAACUCUCUCGCCAUCGGUGGUAGCGGCAGCAGCUGUCUUGCCGGUGGUAGUAGUGCGUAUGAUAAGAAAACAAUGUCCUCGUGCCGUUAUCAGCAGGAUAAAGCGAACUCAGUGCUGCCGGAAUACUUUUCUGAUGGAUCCGUGGCAGCCGUAGCUGCUGCUGCCGCCGCUAGCCGUGCCCUUGGUGGAGCAGGAGGAGGAGUAGGAGGUCACCACGGUACAUCGGUCAUGCCCUCGGUUUACUCUCCGUUCUCUGAAUCAGCCCUGGUCGCUGCAGCGGCGGCUGCCGCCGCUUCAUCGUCCCAGCAAACGGUAGCUGCUGCGCAGGGACAGGCUACGACUAAUCCAUUGUUUUCGCCGCACUUCGGAUCCGGUCCGACACCCUAUGCGGCUAUGCAGGUCGGUGGGUAUGAGACGACCAGUAGCAGUAGUAGUGCGGCUCGCUCGUGCGCCCUACCCUCACCCACCAUUUAUCCACCAACCCCGCCACCAUCGGCUCCCUGGAUUCAUCCUUGGUACGGCGGGGAUACGUUCUAG